AUGUUUGGUCCGCUGCUUUUUCUUGUCACUGAGGGGUUAUCGUCAAUCGAGGCUCGGACGGAAUCCACAUAUCCAUGGAAGUAUGACAAUAUGUUUUUUGAAGGUCCGGAUUACUGGGGUGUCCAUUCCGAAUGGGUAAUGUGUAGCCGUGGAAAACUUCAAUCACCCAUCGACAUCCGCCCUUCACUACUGCUACACGACCCAUCUCUCCGACCAAUUCAUAUCGACAGAAUUUCAGUUGGACAAACUCUAUUUUACAUUCAGCUUAAUAGAUAUCGAAUACAACGGAUAGACAUCCAUUUUGGGGUAUUUGGUCACGCAAAUGGUAGCGAGCACGCCAUUGAUGGAAGGAAGUUUCCGAUGGAGCUGCAACUACUGGCCUUCAAUGCCGAUCUCUACACCAAUUUUUCGCAAGCCUCGAAAGCGCCCCACGGCAUCGCAGCCAUUUCAGUUCUUGUGGAGUAUGGUGGAGAGACAAAUGAAGAACUACUGAAACUUACAAUCGCCACGGCCAGCGUACAAUACAAAAGCCAAAGGGUCGAACUGGCCGAUUUGUCACCGUGGAAGCUGUUGCCGAGAACGCGCGAUUUUCUGACUUAUGAGGGGAGCAUUACAUCGCCGCCAUGUGAUGAGACCGUGCAGUGGAUUGUAUUGAAUCAGCCAAUACAUAUACAUCCGGAUGACUAUGCGGAAUGGUCAAAAUUAUCACAAUUAUCGCCCACAGACCCGCCAGUACCAAUUGCACCAAACUGUCGUACUCUCGCCGAAGCGAACCAACGAACGGUUCGAACAAACAUCUUGAUGUCCAAAGAAGAAUCCUCAACAUGCUCUGCACCACGAGUCACCUACAAAGUUCUAUCCAAUCAAAAAGAGCACGGAAGAGCCAAACGGAAGCACCACAGCCCUCCGGUCAAA